AUGUCUCCCGACGAUGCUCCACCAGUCUCUCAACAUAAACCCUCGUCAACAAGUUUCGCAGAUGUCUUCAAGAAUCUAGGUGUCGGUCGACCCAAAUCGCACUCUCCAGUUUCCAACAAUAACGACUUAGCAUCUCACUCUGACUGUCGCGGAACCAGCCGGGUCAUACACGGGCUCGAAUCAAUGCAUCGCGGUAGUGUAGUGUCGAGUUCCUCGGACGCCCCAAGUGCCCCGGAUUUUGAUGUGUCACUUCAAGUUUUGUCGCAAAGGCAAAAUUUGAACCAGGCCAUCGAGGAAGCGGAGCUUUUAUCAAAAACAUUGCCAUGGUUUAGCUCCGAACAGUCCGUGGUACUAUGGGAGACCGCCGAGUAUCUUUUGCACCAUGAAAGUUCUUUGGAAGCCCAGAAAGGUGGAGCCAAAUUAUUAGAGGCGAUCGCAACCCGCCAAGAUCUCUCGCCAGCAGCCAGACGCAUGGUUUUCGAAUCUAUAGCAGCCCCAACUGAGCCCGAUGUCAUUGCUGCGCGUGUGCAGUCACUCAUCUCCUUGUCCGACCAUGGCAGGAAAUUGGAUUUCACUGGUUCCUCAAUUCUCCAUAUCAUUUCUUCUUGGAUCCUUCCUCUUUAUGACACAAUUGCGGCAGCAAGGUCAAAAGCCAAGAAGGUCAAACCCACCAAGCAACAUGGGAUGACCCAUGACGAGGCAAUGCUAGGAGAGCUGUUCCAGUUCGCAGUGGACUUGAUAACCUUGCAGCGAAAACAGCCAACCGAGGAGGAAAUUGAACUGCUGCUUAUGGAAACAUUCACUACUUGUCGGAGAACCAGCGUCGCAGCUGACAUAAAAAAUUCUUUGGCUGUGUUUGACGCUGUCAUUGUGUACGCUGAUGUUCCCGACGCAAGUUUUGCUACUCUUUUGGAGGUCCUUUGCAGCAUCCAUGCGUCCGUCAAGUCUCUUUCUGGGCCCACCUCACGCGCAGUGCGGAGCUUGGCCAAGUCCAGAAGGCAGGCAGAAAUGGUCAAUACUCUACAUGAGUUUCUGAGAGAAUCAUGUGCUGCGGAACAAACUCGGAACCUCAAUGUGCUCCGUGGUACCCUCUACGUCUUCUCCGACUUCCUUCGUGCAUAUGGGCAAGAUGGCAUGCCACAGCUUCCAUUCGAUCAAUUGAUAGAGUCAAUGCACGUCAUUGCCCAAAAGGAUGACAGCCGAGUCGAUGCUGACCUCUUGGACUUGUCUCUGAAUAUUCUGGAAGGAGACUAUGUUCGCGUUGCUCUGGAUCAAGAUUGGAAAUCAUUCGCCGAUCUUCUCAUAAUUUGCACGCGCCGAAUUGGGGAGGAUCCGGUGGGAUCUCCGACUUCUUCCACCAGCUCCCAACCCAAACCUAGCCACGAUGAAACCAAAUCUUAUAUAUUGGCGAAUCUCAUUCGCAUAGCCUCUCUUAUUGAAUCACAAUGGGGACAGCUUAACAACGACCAGAAGCAGCACGCAGUCAGAUUCUUCAUGAAGAUCCACCAGCAUCUCGAGCCUCCACAGGCCGAGCUUAUUAUCAAUUUAAUGAGACAAGACAAGCUCUGCUACCCCUCUCAGGAUUCGACAUGGGCUCAACAUUGCCGAGAAUUGAUCGAGUGUUUUGUUCAACCCCGAAAGCAAAGUUCAGAUAUCCGCAUUCUGGCUUUGGACACAUUGAAAGAAGCUUUGGCCGGACAUGAAGCUGAGAUAUUCUCUCAGGAGCACGGACUCUUGGGUCUUUUGUUGAAGGAUUUCUCUUCAGAGCACGACCUUCUCUUCUUGGAAUCGCUGGUCUCGUUGUUGACCGAGCCGGCGACACAAUUCAGUGAUGACGAUACAUUCAAGUUGCUAGUCAGCAAAAUUGGCGCACCAAUGCAGAAGGACUUGAACAAAGAGGAACCGCGAGAAGCUUCUUCAAGCUACGCAUCUUCGCGUCGAACCUCGACAACAAGUGUGUUGGAGCUCAGCUUGACAAACGUCUGCUCCGUCGGCCUCGUGAAGAUGAUGCUCCGAGCUUUGAACCUUUCUUCGGCUAAAGCUAUCAUGGCCUUUGAGGCACUUUUAGAAAUCGCGCAAUCUCCUCAGCGGCCGACAGACGCUCGUCUCACUGUUCUGAAGCUGCUCUUCCGUCUACGUUGUGACUCAGCCGGUGCAGUCACAGUUAUCUCAACAUCGGAGAGUGACUUCUUGAUGAACGUCCUAGGCCGCAAUCUGGACGGUGGCUCCAAACUACAAGCCCCUAGCGAUAGCCCUACCCGCGACAUCCCUCAGCACGACAACCAACCUGUCUCGCCAACUGCAAAGCUUACAGCGAGAGAUACUGCUUCCAAUUCUCUUUCAAAAACCGCUCCUCGUGGUUCUAUCUCGGCUCGCGGGUCGAAGUUGACGGCACCCGUGUGGACACAUGCUUUGCCCCAGGCGCUUCCUGAACAGCCCCCUGGAGAGUCCAGCCCUGUGGUUUUUGCCCACGCUCAACCCGAGGUAGCAAGUCCCGGCGAGCCAACUGAGCAGACCGAAUCGACGCCACUAGAAUUGUCAACCACAAGGCUUUUGAAAGUUAAGAUGUGGCUUGAGGUUGUAAUUACCCUGCUGCAGCGAGAGCCUGAUUGGGAUGUCUACAGCUAUGUCCUUACUCAUCUUGGUCCUCAACUUGGCAACAAAGACUUCUUCAAGGAUGCUAUUCCUCAGGUCACGCUCCUGCGCAGCAUUCUUUGUGAUCAGGUCAAGAACGGAACCUUCCAUGAGCCACCGGAGACUACGGGUUUGAAAAAGAGCGAUGUAGCGGCUUGCAUCUUUGAUGCGCUUUGCAUGCUCGUCAGCUACCAUGACCACUUUGCCAAGAGCGAAGAAGAUGAUCUCGUCCGAGCGUUCAUGCAAGGCAUCAUCGGUUCAUGGGGCGGUACAUCCCGUGGUUGUAUACAAGCACUAUCACUCUGCUGCUAUGAAAUCCCUAUGUCGGUGACGAAAUCACUGACCAGCAUUCUUGAUCGAAUGUCGAAGGUGAUUACCAUGUCAAAUGUGGCUGUUCACAUCUUGGAGUUCCUGGCUCUUCUUGCGCGACUACCUGAUGUCUAUGUCAACUUGCGCGAAGAGGAAAUUCGAACAGUGUUCGGUAUCUGCAUCCGCUUUUUGCAGACCUCUAGAGAGCAACGGUACAGAGCCUCUGAAGCAGCUCUACGAGUCUCUCAGUCGGCCCAGUCAACUUCUCCUCAGUCUAGAUUGAGCGCUGGUUCAAAGGAGAUUGCUGCCCAUGCAGCUGAAGCUAUGGAGUCCUCGCAAGAUGGCAUGGCCAAGUACAUCGCCAAUCUCACUUACCAUGUCAUGAUAUUCUGGUUUCUGUCUCUGAAGCUUCAGGAUCGGCCCAAGCAUGUGAAUUGGAUCACAAGCAGGUUCAUCUACCACGACGAACACGGCAAGGAAGUGGUUGAGGAACAAAGUCAGGUCUUGAUCGAUCUCAUGCAGCGAGUGGCUUACUCAGACCUUGGAGAGACUAUCCCAUUUGAGACUUUCCCUCCUUCACCCGAUGAUGGUCCCGUUUCCAAGAAGUCCUGGGUUGUGGGUAUGAGUCUUGUCACCGUUGAAUGUGCUGGGGUAUCUGGUUUGUCUCAAAUCACAAAGCGCCAGGCUUCCGGUACCACCUAUUCCGUCUACCAGCAACGAACGGCCCCAGUCCUCCCUCAUCAAGUUCCUGCAACACCCGAUGCUCACAUGCAUGCCGACUUCCUGCCAACCGCUGUCCUUCCAAGUCACAUCAUGCUUCAAUUGACUGCUACUGCAUUCCCCACGCCUACGGUCAUGCAACCUAUCCCCGUUCCUGAGGACGACAUCACCCGACGUGCCAUCGCUAACUUUGAUCGAAUCGACAUUGUUGAUGGCCACCGAAUCGGCAUUGUUUAUAUCGGCAAUGGCCAGACAAAGGAGGCAGAUAUUUUAGCCAACAUUAGUGGUUCUGUCGAUUAUGAGCACUUGCUAUCUGGAUUAGGAACUAAGGUGUCGCUCAGAAAUCCCCAAUUCAACCCGCAAGGAUUGUAUGCCGACACAGAUGGAGAAUACACUUAUGCUUGGCGCGAUCGUGUCACUGAGAUUGUGUACCACGUGGCAACAAUGAUGCCUACAAACUUUGAACGUGAUCCAGCUUGUGUCAACAAAAAGCGAAACAUCGGCAACAACCACGUCACCAUUGUGUUCAACCGCUCCAACUUACCUUUCAAUUUUGACACAAUUCCCUCCGAGUUCAACUCCAUCAACAUUGUCAUUACCCCAUCAUCUCGGAUCGCUUACGACGAAAGUGGCAAUACCAAGGGCGAAAAUGACCCGCAAAAGCUGUACUACAGCGUGCAAGUCAUCAGCAAGCCCGGUUUCCCAGACGUCUCGCCCGCCGCAACACCUAAGAUCAUUUCCGGCAAGAACUUGGCAGCCUUCGUCCGCAUUCUCGCUCUCAAUGCGUCCGUUUUCUCUCUUGUCUGGAAUAACAAGGGCGGCGAGCAUACUUCGUCCUGGCGCACUCGCCUGCGAGAAAUCAAGAAGGUCCGCGAGCGUGCUCUCACAGCACAAGCUCAAGCGUUCGGGGCUGCUGAAGGUGCUUAUCCCGGGCAGCGGCGAAACACGAAGGCGAACAUCUUCUCUGAGGAGCUGCCCUCGCGUGCUCCGAUCCAAACUGAUUUUGCUGCGGAAUGGAAUGCAGCCGCAGACACGAACAUCCUCCAAAAUCUGGAUUUCUCGCGCUGGUCCCGCUGA